UACUCUUGGUUAUUGGUUUCAUCAUGAGGAAGGUGAUGUUGGGUGCAGACUUUGGCAUCCCAUGGCAACACCACCGGUUGAUGGACCUGGAUUUUGCAGACAACAUCGCCUUGCUGGCCGAAGAGUUGUGCAUGCACUCCAAGACGUGACCACUGGUCUUGAGUAGUAGUGCAAAGGUUGGUCUACGCAUCAGCCGCAAGAAGACCAAGAAAAUGAUGACUGGAUGAUAACAAGGCCCUCCCAACACCAUCAGGCAACAGAAUGUUGAUUAUGUUGACCACCUCCCCUACCUAGGAAUUAAUAUCUCCGGGAGGGUGAUUUAGAGACCGAUGUGUACACAAGAAUCGGCAAAGCAGCAUCAAUUUUCCAGUGACUCCACACAGUUUGGGCAACCAACACUGUUAACACAACCGUGAAGCUGCAAUCCUACAUGUCCAUAGUAGUUCCAACUGCACUCUAUGCCAGUGAGAGAAUAGCAAAGGUGUCAUGUAAGUUGAACAUCUUUCUCCAGUGCUACCCAUAUAAGAUCCUGGGCAUGAUAUUGGAGCGACAGCAUCACCAAAGAAGAAGUACUACAAAGUACUGGUCAGGCGCCUGCAGGACAUCAUGACAGAAAGAUGACUGAGGCUGACAGGACAUGUGUUUCCCCUCCUGGAUGUUUGCCCCACCAGAGUGGCUAUAGAAUGAACGCUACCACAUGAAAGGAGAAGAUGGGACCAGCCAAAGAAGACCUGGCAAAAUACAUUUAAGGAGGACCUUCGAGAGCGGGACACCACCUGGGCUGGAGCGAAAGGUGGACCAGUGACGAAGUUUUACUGCCCAUUUCCCGCAUGGGACCGGAAGAACUAAGCCUAAUUCCCUUCAUCACUCCUGAAGGCGUUGCUCAUGCUGGAGGUCAACGGUUGUCUGCCCUUUGGUGUAUCACUUCUGAAUCUACUCUCAAACUGUCCAUUAUGGCCACUUCAUCAGAAGAGGUUCUGCUAAUUGUGAAGAAAGUGCGGCACAAAAAACAGGAUGGGGCUCUAUAUCUGAUGGCAGAACGUGUAGCAUGGACGCCAGAGGGGAAGGAUCGCUUUGUCAUUAGCCACAUGUAUGCAGAUAUCCGCUGUCAGAAGAUCAGCCCUGAAGGGAAAGCAAAAGUUCAGCUUCAGCUGAUUUUACAUACUGGUGACACUACGAUCUUCCAUUUCACCAAUGAUAACAGUGCUAGUGCAGCAGCCAAAGACCGUGAUGCUGCUAAAGACUUGCUCCAGCAGCUGCUCCCCAAGUUCAAGAAAAAAGCAAACAAGGAACUGGAGGAAAAAAACAGAAUGCUUCAGGAGGAUCCAGUUCUCUUUCAACUCUAUAAAGACUUGGUUGUGAGCCAGGUAAUCAGUGCUGAGGAAUUCUGGGCUAACCGUCUGACUGGAAAUUCUGUGGAUAACUCUGUGUCCAGUAACAAGCAGGAUAUUGGAAUCUCUGCCGCAUUUCUGGCAGACAUCCGACCACAGACCGAUGGCUGUAAUGGCCUCAGGUAUAACCUGACCUCUGACAUCAUCGAAUCGAUUUUUAGGACCUAUCCUGCAGUGAAACAGAAGUAUGCAGAGAAUGUUCCUCACAAUAUGACGGAGAAGGAAUUCUGGACCCGCUUCUUUCAGUCUCACUACUUCCAUAGGGACAGGAUCAAUGCUGGUUCUAAGGAUCUCUUCUCUGAGUGUGCCAGGAUUGAUGAGAAAGGUUUGAAGACUCUGGUUAGUCAGGGAGUGAAGAACCCUCUAGUGGAUUUGACAUCGCUGGAGGACAAAUCAUUGGGUGAGGGUUAUGGAACUUCGGCGCUGUCGUCCUCUAAAUCCAACAAGGAGAGCAGCAAUGCUGCUAUAAUCCGUCGCUUCAAUCAUCACAGUGCCAUGGUGCUGGCAGCCGUCCUCCGCAAACAAGAAACUCAAAAUGAUCAGAACAGUGAGAACAACAGCACUGAUGGUAAUUCCCAUGAUUCAGAUUGUUUCCAGCCACCAGUCAAGAAGGUGAAGUUACAGGAAGCGAUAGAAUAUGAAGACUUGGGAGAGAAGAACUCAAAGAAGACAGUUGCACUAAAUUUGAAGAAGGCUGACAGAUAUUUUCAUGGUCCAACUCCUGUUCAAUCUCAACAUUACGCAACUAGCCAGGAUAUCAUUAACUCAGUCCAUUGUAUACGACAAGAAAUGGCUAAUUACAGUCCCAGUCUUGCUCAGGUUCUGUCCAGCAAUAUGGCGAGCAGUGCAAUUAGUGACCUGUCACCUGGUGGAGUGCUCAUGCAAGGAGGAACAUCCCAAGCUAUAAACCAGAUAAUGCCAAGCGAUGUCCAGAUGGAACUCAAACACAUGUAUGUGGCAGUGGCGGAGUUACUGAGACACUUCUGGUCCUGCUUUCCUGUCAAUACACCAUUCCUUGAAGAGAAGGUUGGGAAGAUGAUGAAUAACUUGGAGAGAUUUCAGAUGACAAAACUAAGGCCAUUCCGAGAGAAGCUGCAGAAGCUAUACAUCAGUACAAAUUUGACUGGUCAUUUAGAAGAUAUGCUACAGGUAGCCUUCAGUAAAUUCCAUGUCUGGCAGUCAAAACGAAUGCUGAAAAAGACGUGAUGCUGCAUUGUUUUGAGACGUUUGAGAGCAAGAGAUUGUGUUACCUGCAAAGUCCCAGCUCACAUGCGACCAGCUCACCAACCUGCUAUGCUGGACAGGGAUGUGAGAGCCCUGUGACAUUGAAGAGACUCAAUGUAAUUUACAGAGCUGCAUAUUGGGAGAAAGCAAUUCAAUAAGAUGGACCACUCGGGGUGACUCUCACCAACUGACCAAAACGGAAGAGAGCUACAGGACUAAUUCCUGUGUAACACAGCUUGGGGAGGCAGUGCUUCUUCUGUGCACAAAGAUUCUGUCAAAUGAUAACUGAGUAUAUUUAGCAAUGGUCUUUCUAGCAUAAACUUUUUUUUUUUCAUUUUUGGGUACAGUUUUAAACAAGAAUGGCACAAUGUAAAUGUGAAACUUUUUCAAAGUGUAACCCGAUGUUUUUGGAUCCUGUUUGUAACUGAGGAGAUGGAAGAUGUGGAUAUUUUAAAUAAAUAAUAAAUGUGAAAUUAAUUUGAA